GCACUUUGUUUUUUCCGCCUCGGCCCAUUACACGUGACGGCUGUUGGUCUGCUGCGCGGCGGCCGAGCGGGCCAGCGGGCGCGGUGGCGCCGUCAGUCGAGCAACGCGAUAAACACGCGCACAGACGGUGCUCGAACGCCGCGUCGAACGGACAAAUUCUCCGUUUUUCCCGCGAGCUUUUCACGCCGAAAAUCUCGCCAACAUGGAGAUUGAAAUCAUCAAGGUGAAGGGGAACAACACGGAGAAAAUAUUCUCGGUGACGGGACACCCGACCACGACCAUCGGCGAGAUCAAGAAGCAGAUGCACCAGCAGAAAAAGGCGCCUUAUCCUGGAAGACAGUGUUUACGCUUGGAACCAAAAGGAAAAACUCUCUCCGACACAGACACAGUCAAAAGUCUACAAUUAAAAUAUGGAUCAAGAUUGUAUUAUAAGGACCUAGGACCUCAAAUAGGUUGGAAAACUGUAUUUCUUGCUGAAUAUGCAGGACCCCUUGCCGUGUACCUUUGGCUCUACCAGAGGCCAUGGAUUUUUUACCAAGAUGUACCUGAUGCUAAAAUAGACGCAGUUGUACACUGGGCAGCAGCCUGCUGGUCCCUCCAUUACAUUAAGCGGCUACUAGAGACCUUAUUUGUACAUCGAUUCAGUCAUGCCACAAUGCCAAUGAGAAAUCUCUUCAAAAACUGUUCGUAUUAUUGGUUGUUUGCGAUGUAUGUGGCCUAUCACGUCAAUCAUCCAUUAUACACGCCACCAUCGAAUGUGAGAUUCCUUGUUGGACUAGCAAUAUUCCUGCUGUGCGAGCUGGGCAACCUCAGUAUCCACUUGGCUCUCAGAAACUUGAGACCACCAGGCACAACUGUCAGAAAAAUCCCAAAGCCGACUGGAAACCCAUUGACCAUACUAUUCAACUUUGUUUCUUGCCCAAAUUAUACUUACGAAGUUGGUAGUUGGAUUGGAUUUACUAUCAUGACUCAGUGCAUCCCAGCUGGUUUGUUUAUGUUAGCUGGUGCCUAUCAGAUGACUGUGUGGGCAUUGGGAAAGCACAGACUCUACAAAAAGGAGUUCACCGACUAUCCAAAGGGCCGCAAAGCCAUUAUUCCAUUCGUUCUGUGAACAAAUUGUACAUUCCUAGUGAUAAAUUUUUCCAAGUGAAAAGACUUGUUUAAAAAAUUGGUAUGAAGACCUGGUGACGUGCAUUUUUGUUUUUUGUUAGCAUUUAUACUGUAUGAAUAAAAUGUUUUUUGAGGUAAAAAGAA